AAUGGCCGACGCUUCUCAUAGAAAUUAAAAAAAAAAAACUUUUUUUUCGCAGAUUCUUCGAUUUAUUCCUAGAAUUGUUGAAUGAUGCUUUGUUGCUUGAGAUGAAGAUGAUUUCCUCAGUUUGAAGAAGAGUUUAAAAUUUGGACCUCCAAAAGAAGUUGAAAGAAUGGAGAAGUUUUAUAAUACACCAAUAUUUGGAGGUUAUUCCCUACCUACACUAACUGAAGGCAGUAUAGUGAUCAGUGAGGCAGAGGAAAUAAAUGAGGUGAAGUCCCUUCAUGAACAAGGAAUACAGGCUACAUCAUCUCAAGAAUACAAUGAAGCUGUAGCUCUAUAUAAUGAAGCUUUAGAAAUAGAUUCUACUAACCCUUCUGUUUUAGCAGCUAGAGCUUAUGCUUAUAUUGAAAUAGGAAAUUAUGCUGGGGCUUUACAUGAUGCUGAGGCUGCUUUAGCCAUUGAUCCACAGAAUUCACAGGUCAACUGUGUACUAGGCCUAGCUCUACAUUAUUUAGGCCAGAGUAGUGAUGGUUUACUGUCAUUAUUAACUGGUUUAGAAUUAGAUCUAGAAGAUGCCAGUCAAAUCACUGAUCAUAUUGUUUUAUUAGUAACUGGUAUCUGUAAACUAGAAUCUCAAAUUAGUGAUGGACUCAGAGAAAUGGAUAAUUAUAAAAAGCUGACAGAAGUAGGAGUUUUAUUGUACCAAAACAAGAAAUAUGAUCUCUGUAUUCAUGUUUUAGAAACUGCACAAAAACUUCAAACAAAUCAGAAAGGAAUAACUAUGAGAUUGUUAUUGACUUUAGCUAAUGCUUUCUCUGCCUGUAGAAAGAUAGUGGAGGCUAUAAAUUGCUAUAUGGAAUGCUAUGGGGUGUCUUUAGCUACUCAUGACACCUUGUAUGAAACAAAAUCUCUAGUGAAUAUAGCAACAUUAUAUCUAGAGACUGGUGAUACAUAUCAAGCUAUUAUUAACUAUGAGAAAUUACAUCAUUUAGAAGCCGAACUGAUCACUGAACUCAAUGGAGAAGUCAGCAUGCCAGAUUAUUGGACUAAAGAGCUACAGUGUGGCCUACAUCUUAAUUUAAGUAUUGCUUAUAAAACUAUUGGUAAUAUCCAUUCAGCUGUGAACCAUGCCAAGACCUAUAUGGCACUUCUUGAGAAAUAUGGAUUUUCUGGAAAGAUGCAUGCUGAAUCAUAUCACAAUACAGGCAUGUUAAAUGAAAUACUUGGGAACUAUACUGAAGCUCUUGAAAGCUAUAAGAAGUAUUUGGCUUUAUCUAAAAAAGAAGGAAAGAAAAAGUGUAUUGGUCAGGCGUAUGGAUGUUUGGGUAGUGUGUAUGCAGCUCUCAGGAACUGGCAAUUAGCUGUAACCUAUCACGAGCAACAUAUUAAGAUAGCUAAAAAAGCACAAGAUAAGAAGAUGUUGAUAAAUGCAUAUGAAAUGUUAGGUGAUACAUACAUGUCUAAAGGUGAUUAUGAAACUGCUGUAACAACAUUUGAAGCAAUGCUUAAUACCUGUAUACGAACUGAUUAUAGAAAUAAAGCUACAGCAAUAUGUAAACUAGGUAAUGCAUAUAGAGCACAAGGUAAACAUCAAUAUAGUAUGUAUUUCUAUCAACAAGCUAGUGAUCUUGCUGUAGAUUUUGAUUUUGGUGAUAUUCAGACAAUGAGCCAAUAUAACAUAGCCUGUAUGAAUCAAAACUCAACACAAAUGGCAGAUAUUGAGCUGGCACGAAAAUAUUUUCUAAAACUGAUUCCAUAUUUUGAAAAGAAGAUCACAGAACAUGAUGAACAGGGAAGUUAUUGUCCAGCAGAAUAUAAACAACAAUUACAACAAUGUUAUGAUGGAGUUAUAAAUGUAUUAGCCAAAAUAGGAAAUAAAGAAGAUUGUUUAGAAUUCGCUGAGAGUUGUCGAAAACGAUGUGUCACUCAGUUACCAAACUACUCCUCUGUCCCUGGACAGAAUGUGUACAGGACAUCAGAGAAAUGGUCGUGUCAGAAGUUGGAAAGUGUUGUAUCGGGACAGAGUGCCACUGUGUUAUAUUAUUCUCUAUUAGAUUCUAAUCUAUUAUUGUGGGUGCUACAACCAGCUGAAGGUUUAACUAGAUUUUAUACAAGACGAGCUCCUAAACAUAUAACUAUGACUGAGAAGAUAGAGAAUUUACUUCAACAACUGUUUACAGGAAUGGAUUAUAAAAAUAGAUUGAAUGAAUGUGAAAAUAGAGCUCUUCCUUCUGCUAAUUCUCAUAUUGAUGCCAUUCGUGCCAAAAACCAAAAAUUAUCCAAAGGAACCAAAUCAAAUCAAUCUGAAGUGACAAGAAAGACCUCUGAAGAUGAAGAAGCCAGUAAAAGAUCGGUAGAAAGACAACUGUAUGAUAUCUUACUGUCACCAAUAGAAGAUAUUCUCUCUAAACUACAACCAAAUAGCAACCUAAUCAUUAUCCCUGAUAAACAUCUAAACCAUUGUCCUUUUAGUCUUCUUCAGAACUGGACAUUAGUGCCCUUAGCUAACAGAUUCACCAUUACUUAUCUCCCUUGUCUGCUCUUACUUGAUAGAGUGUUAAGAAAUGAGAUUGAAGCUCUCCGCCUUCUUGAUGAGUUGAAGUUCGAACGAAGUCAGUCACGUUGCGGUAGAGUGUCUAAACUUCUAAAAUUACGAUGUACAGGAUCAGUUUAUAGUGAUACACCAGAAAUGUCACGAGAAAACACCAUGAUCAAUUUAAAAUCUGUAUCAAACCCAAGAUUGUGUACAUCUCAGAGUUCAGUGAAAUUAGAGAAGGGGAACACUUCAGUCAGUCUAGGUAUCAGUAGAGAGAACACCUUCCUGACUUUAUCAUCCAGGUUAGGACCAGAUGGUACACAGGAUGUGCCAUCACUUUCAGUAGGUUUAGGACACCCGGUAUCACCUGAGAAAAUGAUGUCAACUCAUACCUUCACUACAUUAACCAGUGAGACAGCUACUGGAACAGAUAUAGUUCAGUCAUCUCAAGCUGUUACUCAGUUUGUUCAACUCAGCAGUCCAGAUAAAUGUUUAGUUAUUGGUGCUCCUAAAUUUAAUUCAAGCUUAGUAUUAAAUGGUAAAGAAUGGAAACCACACAGUGAUAUGAAUUCAGCUAAAAAAGAACUAAAGAAUAUUGCUAAAUGUCUAGAUAUUGAUCCUAUUAUUGGUGAAGAUGCUACUAAAGAUAGAUUUCUACAAGAGAUUCAAAAAGCUACUGUCAUUCAUAUUGCAACAUUUGGUUGUUUAGAGAAAGGAUAUUUAGUAAUGACACCUAAUAGUAGAAAUGAAGAUAACCCAUUACCAGAAGAAAGCUAUUUAAUAACACCAGAAGAUAUAUUAAAUAUUAAACUUCAGGCUCAGUUAGUGGUAUUAAAUGUUGGAUAUAGUCCCACUAGACAACAGUAUAUUCAUCCCAGCUUUAUUCUACCUACUCUCUUUCUAGCUUCAGGAGCUCAAUGUGUAUUGAUAAAUCAAUGGCAGUUACCAGAUGUAAUAAUGAAUAAAUUUUACCACCAUUUCUAUCUGGCAUUACAAGAUACAACCAGGCUAUCACAAGCUGUAGCUUCUUCUAUAGAGGUGUUAAAAACAGAUGAUAGAUGUAACCAUGUUUGUUUAUGGUGUCCGUUUAUAUUGGUUGGUAAAGAUAUAACUAUCAAUAUUAAAACUAUUAAACAAGCUAUGUUAAACCAGUAUAUAGAUAGAGUAGAGAAUACAGUACAAGAUGAAACUUGUCAACAAUAUCUUAAUUUACCAUCAUCUAUAACACCUAUUGCCAGUUCAGAAGAAAAUAAAGAGAAGUUACAAAGAAUAUUAAUAAAACUAUUGUCUCAUUGUCCUCAUCAGUUAUCUGUUUUACAUGACUUAUUAGAAUUGUUGGAUGCAGCUUUAAAGCGUCUACAUACAGAGGAGAAUAAUAAACUAACUUCCAGUCUGACUGACAAUAUCAUAAAGAGUAAUGGUGGAUUAGAAUUAUUAAAAUUAUUAGGUUUUCAUUUCCAAGCUAAAGGUUACGAGCUAGAUAAACCAUAUAUUAUAUAUCCACAUUGGAACCAUGAUAGUCUGUUGAUUCCUGCUUAUGAUUCUAUACGAUCUUUAACAGAUUUGUCUUCCAGUCCAAGAUGUUGUCAAGUUAUGUCUUAUAUAUUCCCAUUGAAACAAGACAAUAUAUCGUUAAUGGUGGAUCUGCUCUGUUUAACCAAACAUGCCAGUGAUAUACAAUUAAAAGUUUGUGAUUUGUCUGUUCGUCUAUUAUGGCAGAAUAAGCAGAUUCGAAAACUUCUAAUUGAGACAGGAUUCCAUCAAAUUGGAUAUUUAUUGAAUUUCAACCAGACGGCAUUAAACAGAAAGUUAUUGACUGGAUUGUUACAGUUAUUAUUAGCUAUUAGUUGUUAUAAAAGUCAAGUAUUACUGUAUAGACUAGAUGUUAGUUUAUUGGGACAUACAGUAGGUUUACAGACUUAUAAUACAUCAACAGAAAUUAAAAAUCUUCCAUCUUUAACACCAUUAAUACUGCCUAGAAAUCAGUUGAGAAUGAGUACACCAUGGUUUAGUAGAACAGAAAGUUUCAGUGAAAUGGAAGAGAAAAUAUGUCUAGCAAGAAGUAAAUCCGAGUUAGAUGAAGAAUAUGAUGAAAAUAAACAACAAGUUAAAGAUUGGCACAAAUCUUCAGUUGUAGCUCAGGCCAAUGAAAUGUUAGAAGAAGUAGGUCAACCAGUUAGUAGAGAAAGUAAAAUAAAAGUAGUACAUGGUUCUGGUGGAUUAAAAGAUAUAAUACCAAUAGAGAAAAAACAUCAUUUAUUAAAUAGGGAGAUAGAUCAGAGAAGAGAUUACGCACAUUUUGUUUAUAAUCAACGUUUAAAUAAUGUUAAUAGCCGAUAUCGUAAUGAUGUCAUGAAACUUUACCUACCAUAUAUCAAAUCAAAUUAACAAAACUCUUGUCAUGUCAAUCACUGGGACUUAAAAGGAAAUGUAAAGAGGUUUUAUAAAAGGUUUAUGUGUAUAGGGACAAUGAUAGCUUCAAUUUGCACCAUUGCUAUUUUAAAGUCAGUACCAUGUGGGUUAAAAUGUAAUUUGUAAAAAUUAGAACGUUUAUGAGUCAGAUAAAACACUUCCCCUUAGGUUCUCAUGAUAUUUCAAACCCUUUCCCUCGGAAAAUCCCUUUGGAUAAAGGUUUUAAAUAGCAAAACCCGGCCCAGCCGUGUUUUACCCUAUACAUAAUGGGUGUUGGGUGUCCUUUAUUAGGGAAAACCAGCACAUUCAAUUGAAUAUGGUUUUGAUAUAUUUCGCUUGUUUAUUGUUGUUUGUGUUUUCCGAUUAUUUGCGCUAUUUUGACGCACCAAACUUUUUAAUUCUAAUUUAUUUAUUGGGUUAUGAAAAAUAUUUUAUAUAUAUUAUUUUGUGGUAAAGUGUUUACUUAAGAAUCUGUGAUAUUUACAUUUGUUUUCAAUAAAAACGUUUUCCUUAGUAAAA